AUGCAAGUUUCUCCAGCUAUUAUAAAAGGUAUCGCAGUCUCAUCCUUGGGUUUAUACGCCGGUAUUUUAACUUCAUCCACAGUAAUUUCCAUCACCACCCCUAUAAACGUUUUGACUCAACAUUUGAAAGGCGUUCUAUGCACCCUAGGUUGUUGGAGCACUGUAUUAGGUGGACUAGCCACGAGCGCCUUUGGCCUCAGCUAUUAUUUAUCUACACCAGGAGACAGACCAAACUACCUACUGUGUGGGUUGGGUAUUGCCCCACUAUCUGCGGUAUACCUGUACUUUGUAUCACUGUUUAAUCACAAAUUGGCACCAAAAUGUACCCGUAAUGACCUAGAAAACCAAAAGGACGAAAAGUUGCCUCAAAACCACCCACAAGUUGAAGAUGGAGAAGCCGCAUGUCCAUUCUCAAAAAUGAACAACGCCAAAAAAUUAAAAGCUGAAUCAGAAAGAAGUGUCAAAUGUCACUCAUAUAUGACAUUGCACAUGUGCAUUGUUACCGGUUUAACCAUUUUCACCUUUGGCAAGUGCAUUCUAGACGGAUUCAGAACAUGA